AUGGAUUUCCUCAAGAAAAAGAUGAAGGAGUUGCUAGAUGACGAUGAUAAGAAGCCCACUGAGAAGCCCGCUGCAAGUGCGCCUCAAGCCGCUCCCCAACAACCAUAUGGUGGUGCCCCAGGCGGUGCCGCUCCUGGUGACCGCGGACUUUCCGAUGGCUACUACGGAGGUGCUCCGGGUGGCCCGCCUCAAGGCCAACAGCCACCUCCAGGCCAAAGCUACCCACCACAAGAUGCGCCGCAAGGAGGAUACGGGUUCCCACCUCAGGGUCAAGGUUACCCACCGCAAGGUCAGGGUUAUCCACCUCAAGGCUAUCCUCAACAGCAGCCAUAUGGCCAAGCGCCCACACCAGUUGGCCCGCCAGCUCCAUACGGAGCACCGCCACCAAUGCCACCAGGAUGGACGCAGCAAUGGGAUCAAAAUAGCCAGCGAUGGUUCUACAUUGAGCAAGCCACAGGGCGUACACAAUGGGACCCACCCUCAAACUUGCCCCCAGGUCCUUAUGCUCCUCCAGCAGUCGGUGCACCUUAUAUGGCACCUGCAGGCCAUGAUGAACGUGCUUUGUUUGGAGACACUGGAGGUCACCAAGGGCAUGACUACACAGCUACUGGAAAAGCGACAAAUGAAGCCGAGAAGAAGAAGGGCUACUCUACUGGUAUGAUGGCAGCUGCUGGUAUAGGUGGUAUCGCAGCUGGUGCCUUUAUCGGCCACCAACUUGCCGAUGACAGCAGCGACGACGAAAAGCACGCUCCUCCGCCCGCAGCAGCCGCAGCCCCCGUAGCCGCCGCCCCAGCCGCCGCUGCAUACGACGCCGACCCCUAUGGCGCUCCCCCUCCAUCAGACAAUCCGUACGAUAACCACCCAGCGUUUGAAGAGCCGCCCCCAGUUCCCACUCACGACGAGGAUGGCAGCUCUAUAUCCAGUAGUGACCGUGAGUCGCUGGAGGAGAAGCGCCAGGAGCUCAUCGAGGCACAAGAAGAGUACCAAGAGGCUCUCGAGGAAGAAUAUGAGGACUGA